CUGUUUAUUAAGUAGUGGCCUUAUCCUCUCUCAACCUUGAAGUGUAGGGGCAUGGGGUAAUUACAUAUAGGUAGUAGCUACCAGUUAGAGUACAAUUAUCUUUCUUGCACACAUUUUCUCUAGAUCGUAGCAGUUUCUCCUUUUAAAGCAUUUACAUAAUAUCUUCCUCACAUUUUUGUCCACUUGGUUAGUCUUUAUCAAUAUUAAGUUACAGUAAAUAGACAGCUGUUAUCCCUUCCUCACUUUGCUUCACAUCACAAUUUUGUUGGUAAGGAAGGUCUUGGAAACUCACUUCGAUCACGCACAGAAUAAGCAGAGAAUUCUGUGCGCUUCCCACGAUAUUUUAAGAACCAAACAAUUUUAGGUUUCAGCUGGAAAAUAGCUGUGCUCCAGGCUUGGCUCUUGAACGAGUUAUUUUGGAUGAGCUGCACGUCUCUGCAACUUCAUCAAUAAAUUUUUAAUCAAAAGAUCUUCAAGGAAUGGUACAUACUUCACUUUUAACAGCAGCCUGUGCAAAACAUACAAUUCGUUGGGUUUUUGAUUUUGCAUGUUGGUUUUAGCUACUUCCCUCAGACCCGACCCCCGUCGAGGAGUCUGUCUCUAAUAAUCACAUAGUGCCAGAGCCUCUUAACACUAGUUUAUUAAGUUUGUAUAAUCUCUUUUAACCUCCUGGAGACAUCCCCGUGGCCACUGAUUCGAGGAAGGGAAUAUUAACAUAUACAUUUUAAAGGUUUUAAGGCUAAACGCUUUACUAAGCGGGGGAUUUGCACCCUUUCCCCACCCCAGAAAUAACUAGCUCACGCCCUCCACAGGGGACUCGCCUGGGCCUUUAAUAAACCCGCCGAGGCUUUCCCACCUCCCCCUGGGAGGCGCACUUCCGGCCGCGGGGCCGCUCGGGAGCGCGCUCGGCGAACCUCCACCAACCAGCGGCUCCGCCUGACUGGCGCGAGUGUGCGAGCGCACGUUUGUGCGCAGGUUCGAAUAUCCGCCGUUUCGCGGUUGCUCCCCAACGUCCGGCCGCCCCUCCGCGGCUGCGGGGGCCGUGCGCGCGGGCAGUGGAGAACCCGGCCGCCCCGCCCCCUCCGAGGCGCCCUUCCCACCUUCGUGUCGCCGCCUCGCCCCGACAGAGUCUUCGCCCUUCUCGGCGCGCUCCGCCCCCACCCUCCGCCUCCGCAGCUAUCUGCGCUCGGUCUCCCGCGCCCGGCGGGCUCUGCCCGAGCCUCUGGGGCCCAUGGCCAAGCGGCGUGCGGCCGAGCCGCUGACGUUCCACGUGCCUUGGAAGCGGCUCCUGCUCUGCGACUUUCCGGAGGAGCCGCCACUACCGCGCUGGGUCCCGCCGCAGGCGGUCUCGCACCCCGGGCAGCCCCUCGGCGUCUCGGAGCUGCCCCGAAAGCGCAGGAUCGACUCGGCGGUUAUGACUGAGCCUUCGGCAUCGCCGAGCAAGCGGCGCGAUGGAGGGGACUCCAGUGCUCCCGGCGGCGCGGAGCGUGAGGGCCGCGACUUAGAGACCGGCGAGCCACCGCUGCAGCAGCCGCCCGAGCAGCCCCGCGGGCCGGGGGAGGAGUCGCGGGAUGACCUGCCCCCUCGGGGCAGUGGCGAUGACGGGGCGGGGCGCACAGAGUCCCCGCGGAGAGACUGGGGGCCUGCACCGCGCCAGCUCAAUGAAGAAUUUUGGCAGUAUAAUACCUUCCUGUACUGGAGGAAUCCUCUACCACCUAUUGAUCUGGCAGACAUUGAAGAUGUAAAUGAAGACAACCUGACAGAAGCCAGGCUUCAGGGCAAGAAUGACGUGGUUGAAAUUGACAUGGAGUCCUGACAGAGGAGCUGAAGAACGGGGUUUUCUGAAUUUGAGGAGACAUCUCUAAGUGAAUUUAUGUAUUCUUAAGGAAAAUAGUUAUUUUCCAUACUUGAUGUGAUUUCAUUCCCAAACCUGAAAAAUGAGGAAAAGUUGUUUUAAAGAUAAAUGCCUGUAGUCACUACUGAAACUCCCAAUAGGAUUUGUCGAGGAUAUAGUGCAAUUAUAGGGGAAGUAUUUUAUGUAUGCGUUCUUAAAAAUGUAUGAUUAGAUUCUAAAUUUGAAGGUACAGAUCAUAUAAAAAGGAAUUCUGACAGUUUUAAAAAUAGGUGGGAAACACGCAAAUAUUUCUCUCUGCACCAAAAAGUUAAUCUGUGGUACAUGAAAUGAAUAUUGUUUCAUAAGUAUUAAUAAAAUGCUUUCUAAUACACUUUAUUGACUCUUAGUUGAACAAAGAGCUGACUUAAAUAUCUAUGCAAACUUAAAACGGGGGGUUUCUUUCUGAAAGCUGUUAUUAUUGUAAAAGAGCUUUCUAAAUGUGAAAUGGAAUUUCCUUUUGGGUAGCCUGUUUGUAUAACUUCCAGUAUUUGAUGUUUGUUAAACUCUGCUUUGGGAUCUCAAAAAUGUAUAAAAAACAAUGAGAAAUGAGUAGGUGUUUCCCUUCCCCCUUUCUCAGAAUAAGGAAAGAAGUUUAUUGCAUUUCUUUUUUAAAUGUCUUGGUUUUGAAUUGCCUCAAGGGUAUGGUUUUUAUUGCUCAUUACUUUAGACUUGUAGUUCUCAACACUGACAACACUUCCCAAAUAUUUGCCUGGGCACCACUCUCAUUUAAUUGUUCUGAUGUGGGCCCUGGUAUAGCUAUUUUUGAAGCACCAAACCUCCUUCCCCCCAUCCCUCUAAUGUGCAGAAAGGUUUGAGAACCACUCGACUAAUGGUAGCUUUUCCUGUUUAAAGGAGAUAACCAAUUUGAUCUGAAGCAAUGCCUCUUAGUUAGCUUUGUUUUUAUUUUGCUCUGUUGAUCGCUUUGUUACAACUAAAUUAUUGUGUUGUUACUAUUUCAUUGUUAAAGAAAUAAAAUAAGCAGUUUGUGUUUCAGUUAUAUGACUAUCAGUGAUUAAGUUAGUUAAUUUUUGUAUUGCGAUCCCAAUGUUGGUUUUUUAAUUGAGUAAUUCGUCCUUGCUUAUAUGUUUUUUAUUGUUAAUGAUAUUAGAUCCCAAAUUCAGGAAGGAUGAUAAAUGCCAAUGAGAGUGGGGGGGUGGGAACUAUGUUUUGUGUGUCCUGCAGGAUUUAAAUAUGGGUUGACAUUACUAAGAAUAUUCUAGAACAGGAGCAAAUUGUAGAGUAUUGUGGUCAAGAGUUAAGGCUUUGGAGUCAGACAUGUUUCAAAGUCCUGUACUGCCACUUUCUAACUGUGUAACAUUAAGCAGGUUAUUUUUCAUCUCCAAAUUGCUCACUUGUAAAAUAACAAAAUAAUAAAUAGUAUCUACCUCAUAGAGACUAUGUUUAUUGAUGUACUAAGUACUUUACCUGCAUCAUCUUGUUUAAUUCUCAUUAUUGUAGGAACAAAAAAUAAUUUGAAUAAACAUGUUUCCUACAGUUGUACUUCAUUCCACUUUAAAUUGCUACUAGAAGUUUCAGGGUAAGAAUUGGAAUUGAAGAAAUAGCAAGGAUAACAAAGAAGUGGGGGAAGCAGUUAAAGUACUGUGAAAAAAUAUAAAACGGUAAACUUUCUUCCCUCCUCCUGUUUGACCUAGGGUAGGAAAGGGUCCAUUGUCUUUCACUGCUCUUCUAGUGCCUGUCACAUAGUAGACUCGAUAAAUAUCGAAUAAAUGGGCAUUCUUUUUGGGAAGGUAAGCCAUCAAUUUUCUAGGACCAUUUACAAUACCAGGCCAUUUUCCCAAAGAUGUGUGUGUAAAAAGUCUGUUGCAGAGAUCAAAUAGUAAAACAUUGGAAAUAUGCUAAAUUUAUUAUAUAAUGUAAAGACGAAGACAUGUCCACCAAAUGAACAAUAGGAGGUGGUUAUUUGAUGAGAAAUCUCAUGGGAAAUUGAGUAGCUCAGACAACUUUCAAGCAUAAUGUGGCAAAUUAAAACCAUAAGGUAAAGAUUCAGAGAAAAUAUUUACUGUUAACAUUAAAGGUUUCAUGUAAACAUACAUGUCUAAUAUGUAGACUAUGGAUAAUAUACAUGUAGAGUGUGUGUGUGUAUGUGUGUAUAUAUAUGUAUGUGGAGAGAUUUGAAAUAAUUCCAUUCUUUUAAAAAAGUUACUAAGUAAACAACUUGGCAAAAUUUCAUCGUUGAUAAUUGAAUGGAAAUUUAAAAGUUUUUUUUUUUCAAAACACUCAGAUACAGAGAACAAACUGAUAUUUGACAGAUGGGAGGAGGUUUGGGAGACUGGGUGAAAAAGAUGAAGGGAUUAAGAAAUACAA